AUGAUAAAACGUUUGGAUGCGGCGAGUGCAAGAAAGCUGAGUGCAGGGCAGGUUAUCACGGAUCUUUCCAGCGUGCUUAAGGAAUUGGUGGAGAAUAGCCUUGACGCCGGAGCCCACACUGUCACAGUACGCAUUGAAAACUAUGGUCUGGAUAAGAUUGUUGUCAAUGACGACGGCAGUGGUUUGGCGCUAGGCGAUUUGUUAACCUCUGAGGGUACUGUGAGGGAGGACGCGUCCUUGCCGCUUCUUGCGUGUCGGGCCACAACGAAGAAUCUAAUGGAGGAGGCCGAUGCAUCUGUGGCGCAGUUCCGGGAUUCGCUGGGCUUCCGGGGUGAAGCGUUGCAUUGUCUUGCCAACCUGAGCGAGGUGUCCAUACAGACGAUGUCGGCAGAGAGCCAGCCCGCCACACUGUGCAUCACGUACGACGUCAAAACUCACCGCACCAGCGUAAAUGUUACGCAGGAGCGCAAGCACCCGGGCACCACAAUUGUUGUGGAGGGUCUUUUUCGGGCUCUCCCCGUGCGUCAUAGAGAAUUUAACAAAAACAGGAAGAAACAACUUCUUGCCGCUACGUUGCUAAUGAAGCAGUACGCACUUUCUCACCCUCAUGUGCGAUUGUUAAUGACACAUUGUUUGAGUCCACAGAGUGCACCGGCAACCCUGGUCUCGUUAACGGGUACAAACGACAUUCAUCGUGCACUGGCAGAGGCGUACGGGGGACGCUACCUUGCUGACAUGAAUCGGGUGGAGUGGGAAUUCUCAUUUGGCACCAUCACCGGUUUUGUUUCAAAAGUGACCUCUGGACGCCUCUCAGCUGACAUGCAGGUUCUGGCACUGGAUGGGAGGCUUGUGGAUCUUCCUAUAAUAUCGAAGGCCGUCAGUGACGCGUAUGCUGAAUGUCAACCAAACGCGGCACAGCGUGCGUAUCCAGUCUUUUUUCUCCAUCUUUCAUGUGGCAAUCAUGUUCCCUACGAUGUGAACCUAGCGCCCAAUAAGCGGAAGGUCCUCUUCACGGAAGAGAGCAAAUAUGCAGAGGAGGUACACUCGCGGGCGCUCAUGGAAUUUCAGGCUUCCACCGAUGGUAUUGAUGUGGACAGGCACAUCCACAUUGAACGAACACGACGGACAGACUGGAAGGCCACGCAGGAUUUAAAACUCACUCGAACCCCUGUUUCCGCCACAUCCUUCACACAGUUCACAUAUCGGCGAACAGACCCUUUCUUGACACCCUCGUCUACGGAUGAUGUGCUGGCUUCGGACUUGGUUGAAAUGUCGAAGAUACGUUCUUCUAUUUAUUACACUCAAACUGAGGCGACAAUUUUUUCUACUGGGACAACCGUCGAUAUUGAUAGCAAGAGGAUUUCGAGCGGCAGCAGCUCUGCGUCGUCACGAUGCUCUUCGACGGCAGAAAGGUCGUGUAAUGAGGAUGCGCCUUCGACGCGAAUAUGGAAGCGGGAGAGUCCAGUGGACUCGCCAUGCACCCCGACGCAGAAGAUGGGGGGUGACGAAAGCAACUCGCCAGUUUUUUUAACUGAUGAGGCAAAUCACCCUCGGCCUGCGGGCCCUCGUACGGGAAUGCGGUUUCCCCCACUCACGGAAUUAUCGAUGCAGCCAUUGUCGCACGGACCCACUGAAUGUACAUCAAUUCCUUUUAAACGUACGCGAAAAGAGCGCCAAACAUUUGCAUCCCUCACGGAGCAGACAGAAAACCAAAUUGCAACGUACUUGGACAAAAGCUCCUUUAAAGAGAUGAUAAUACACGGACAGUUUAACCACGGAUUUAUUCUGGCUUCCCUUGGAGAUGACAUGUUUGUAAUUGAUCAGCACGCUGCGGAUGAGAAGUUUAACUACGAGUGCUUGUUGAGUCAAUACAAAGCCCGACCUCAACCUUUGUUGGCCGCUGUUUCCGUGUCGAUGGAUCCACAUGAUGUUGAUCUGGCGGUUCUGCAUAGCGAGGAACUAAGACAGCAUGGCUUUACUGUGAAGCGUGGUGAGGAUGCCAACAAGCUGCUUGUAUAUUCGGUGCCUGUGCUCCAGUACGAAGCGGUAGGGCCUCAUGAUAUCGUGGAAUUAGUGCAGCAAAUUGCCCUCUAUGGCAACAUCACCAAGCCGUUGCGCAGCUUGUGGCACUCCAUGGCCACAAAAGCAUGCCGCUCUAGCAUCAUGAUAGGCACAGCUCUUUCUGAGAAGACCAUGCGUUCCGUUGUGAGUCGAUUGGGUGAGCUUGAACAGCCGUGGAAUUGCCCUCAUGGACGACCGACCUUGCGACAUGUAGCUUGUGUAUCUUCCUUUAUGCCUUCAAUGAAGGAGGCGUCUGCGGAUUAA